CUCUCUGUGCUUCCGGUUAUACGAGCAUGCUGUCUUUUCUAGUAUUAUGGGUCACGAUGUUAUGAAUUUUGUGUCUCAUCGGGCAAGUGCAACAGUCCGCCUCACAGGGAUAACACAGGAGGAAGCAACACAGUAUGAAGCGCAUUUGGCACAAAAGUUUGGGCUCUUUACGUUGCACACCAGUUUCUGUGCAAUGCUUCAUCGGUAGAUCUGCAUCAACGAACAUUUGGCCCUCAACGAAAAGCACGGACUGGAAUCGUGCAGUGUCCAACGCUGAGAAAAUAGUGGGAUACCCAACUUCUUACUUUAGCUUACGGUGCCUUUUAAAUGACGAAACGUCCAACAUAGCAUUUCACGUUCGAAAACUAAUCGGUACAAACCAUCCGGUGCUCAAGACAGCAAAGCGGCUCAUCUACAAUGGUCGAACCAAUAUUCAAACCCGAGGCCUCAUCGUCCUGUUGCUCUCCAAAGCAUCCGGUCAUCCGCGAAAGGCGGGACUGGAAGAGGAGCGCGUCGCGGGGAUCACCCAGCGGCAGCGCUCUCUCGCGGAAAUCACGGAAAUGAUCCACACAGCGCACUUGAUCCACCGUGGGAUCCUGAACUUGUCCAACGACCUCUUUCCAGACGCAACAACCCUGAAGGACCUCCAGUUCGGCAAUAAGAUUUCCGUACUCACUGGAGACUACCUAAUUGCCAAUGCGAGCAAAUUCUUGACUGACCUCAAGAACUGUAAGGUCGUGGACUUGGUUGCCACGGCGAUCGGAGACUUCAUGCAGUCAGAAUUCAUCGGGGACCACGACCAGCAGGGUCACCCCAUCCCGUAUCCUGGCAUGACCAUUCAGAACUGGGAAGAGAAGAAUUAUCUGUCCACAGGAUCACUCAUGUCUAACAGCUGCCAGGCAACACUGGAGCUGGCGGGCCACGAGGAAAAGUUCCAGGAGCUCGGAUUCGAGUUUGGGAAAAGCAUUGGGCUCGCUUGGCAGGUUCAUUCUGAUCUACAGCCUUUCGUAGACACGUACAGGAACCCACCCGGAUUGCCCUUCAGCCUUAUGUCAGCUCCUGUGAUACUGCAACUUGAGAACGACUCUAGCUUGCUCAAAGAGAUCAACUACUGCCGCGACAACCUUGAAAAGCUGGACUACCUCAAGUUGCACACGUGUAUAAUGAACGGCGAUGGCGUGGAGAAGGCCAAAGCCCUCUUGGAAUCCUACACGUCGAGAGCCCUUGCCGUUCUCAACAGGAUUCCUCCGUCGGAAGCAACGACGGCCCUGCGGAACAUCAUUCAAGCACUUAGGGAGUGAAUGUUGUUACUGGCACGACUGUUGAAGCAUCGGGUCACUGUUAGGUCAUCAUCACUAGGAUAUAUAUAUAUCGCCCAGUUAUGUACAUUUACAGAAUAUAGUAAAUUAUUUUUUACCGCACA